GCCCCGCCCCGUUGUAUCCCGGCGUGCCCCGCGCAGUGCGGGAACCCGGAAGCGCCGCGGCGACAUGGCCCAGGGCAGGCCCAAGGCAGCGGCCAAGCGGCCCGGCCGGGCGGCGGCGGCGGGGGGGACCCCGGCCCGGGGGGCGCGGGGGCCGCGGAAGGGAGGCCGGACCAUCGCCCCCAAAAAGCUCCGUGUGAUCCAGCAGCAGAAGCUGAAGAAGCGGCUGGAGGUGGGCAUCCGGAUGAAGAUCGAGCGGGAGGCGGUGCAGCGGGCGGGCGCCGGCCUCCCCAAGAAGCUGGCGGUGGUCGCCGCGCCCCCCCCCGCCGCCGGCCCCGCCAAGGGCAAAACCAAGAAGCGCCGGGGCUGAGGACCAC